GUUCCAAUUAUAUGGGCGAAGUGGCGAUCCUACGGUAAAUACACGGUCGAGAGCUGAGCAAUGAUUCAAUAUUAAUGAGGAAGGGGAUAAGAAAUAUGAAAAGUGUGGCAUGAUAGGCGAGCAAAACGGUUCAUGUGUCUCGUUGUCGACACAAGGUGUCUCGAGUGACCCAGGCCUUUGAUUGAACAGUAGUACAGGCGAGCCGACGUAGCUCAACGCUCCAUCUCUCAGUGGAUAUAUAGAAUACGCUCUCUACACACGUAUCAAGUUGACGGAAAUUUGGAGCCAACAAUUCGCCAAUGAUGGCUUAUGCUCAUUUACCUUUUCCUGCCACGACCACAAAUCUACCUACAACGCAGAUGAGCCCCCCAAGUUCUGCCCCGACCCCCCGGGCUUGCUGUGAGAACGGUAGGCCGGUUAUGACUGACCCCCACACGGGCCAGACUAUCUGUUCUUGUCAGUACGGGUCAGCUCUUCUCAAUUCCUACCAGCGACUCCCAGGACUGGCGUCCAACCUACUGGGCGCUACCCCCUACAGCGGAACCGGUACCCAGGGUUAUGUAGGACUUGGAUCGGAGGGGUCUGCCUUCUAUAGUCCACUUGGUGCUCCAGGAGCCAACAUGAGGGACGGGGCUGAGGCGUGGCGCUCCCUCACCCAACCCGCCUUCACAUACGAACCGUCAGUGGGGUUCUACCCCUACGGAGCCGGAUAUGGCGGUCUCGACCUCAACGCCAGACGGAAGAACGCUACAAGAGAGAGCACCAACACCCUCAAGGCCUGGCUGCAGGAACAUAUCAAGAACCCCUACCCCACAAAGGGAGAGAAGAUCAUGUUAGCCAUCAUCACAAAGAUGACCUUGACCCAAGUGUCCACGUGGUUUGCCAACGCCAGAAGGAGGCUAAAGAAGGAAAAUAAAAUGACGUGGUCUCCCCGGAACCGCGGGGACGACGACGAUAACUCCGGCGACGAGCGAGAUGACGACGAUGAGAAAGCUGAUGAGGGAAAACUUUGCGAUAAAGAUGGUGAAACCAAAGAGGAGGAAAUAGAUGUUGAAGCGGAUUUAUCUCAUGACCUGAGUCGUGAAAAACCAGUCUCAGACUCGAACCACAAAUCCAAGUGUUCUGGUCUCUUUCCCGACGAUGAUUGUGUUUCACCUGUUCCGAGUGUGGGAGAGGAUUCACGAAGUCGGUUAUCUCCCCCUCAAUCACGUGACUCAGACUCUUAUACAAGUGACGGUCUCAACCAAUCAGACUGCGAGCACGAUUCACAGCAGAAACCAAAAAUUUGGUCCGUGACAGACUUUUUGCACACUACGUCAUCAAAAGCUGUGCCUACGUCACCCAAAACGUGUGAGAAAAGUGACUCUGUGAAUAGUUCAAGGACAUUGAAUCUUUCAAAUGGACAUGACUUGCAUACGGGUCCCUCAUCGCUAAGUCCCCUCUUUACUUCAUACCCUACCCCCGUUGGGUACUCCAACCCCUCAUCUUACCCCUUCUCCAUCACUAGUCAAGGUUUGGGCAAGACAUCGGCGCGGCCGUCCUUUGGGAGAUUCAACCCUUACCCAACAGCUCGCCCGACCCCCGCAGACUCGGUUUUCUCUACCCCACGGGACUUUAGCAUAGUGCGGGAGGAUUCCGAUGUGUCCGAUGCUUUGAACCUGUCUCUUUGACAACACCUUACAGAUAAUAUCAAGAUGAAUUAAUGUAUUUUAGAAUUAUAAAUUUUAUAUUAGAAAUUAUUUCCUUUGAAAUAAUUCUCGAUAUUUUAUUAUCUUUAUGUUAUCGACAUGAGAAAAAUAGUGUAUUGUUUUAUAAACCAAAAAAAUAUUAAAUUCUUAAUGAGUUAACACAUAAAUAUGUGAGUAGAAAAAAGUAAACGUGAUCUUGUGAAU